AUGAUGACGUUGAGGGAUUUGAUAAGACGAUUCACUAGGACAACAACAAGUAAAUCUAGUCAGGAAAAAACAAAGAAAGUUGAAAAUAAACCAUCUCUUAUUGUGUAUUGGAUUCUUGCUGGAAUUAGAAUUCUGCUCACUUUGCUACCGCAAACUGGGUACAUUCAUCCUGAUGAAUAUUUUCAAUCAAUAGAAGUAAUCGCAGGGGAUCGCUUCGACAUAGACGUGUACAAGCCAUGGGAAUACAACACAACAUUUCCAAUAAGAUCGGCAUUUGUAUCUGAAGUGAUAAUAGGAGUUCCAUACUCUAUAAUAAACGUGCUAUCUCCAUAUCUAUGGUAUUAUUUGCAAGUAAAAAUCAGGACACCUUACUUCCUGGUGACAGUUCCACGACUAGCAAUAUGUAUUCUGUCAUUCUUAUCAGAUUACUGUCUCUUCAAACUGUGCCAGAUCUGCAAGCUGAACUAUCGAUCGCGAUUAAUAAUUUAUGCAAGUUCCUACGUCAUGAUGAUUUACGCCACGCGUACUCUCUCAAAUUCCAUAGAAUUAAUUUUAAAUACUUUAUUAAUUUACUAUGUCUCACGAUGCAUCGUCUACUCUGAGCAAGUGGUCAUCCAGAGUGACCACUUCAAAGAUGCCUAUGACAAGGCUCAAAAUAUUGUAGAACGAGUAAAGUACUACAAAUUGCGAGCAUCGCUUCCUUCGCACUCGCUCAAUCAUUGCCUAAUCCUUGCGACUCUUACAGUACUUGGUAUUUUUAACCGUCCCACAUUUAUUGCUUAUGCAUUUCCACCAAUUUUCUUCUGGCUUCAGCGAGGACUAGGCUCUGAUAGUGUAAAUCUCUGGGAUUUUCACGUACGGAUUAUUAUGUUUAUUCUCUGUGGUAUUCCAGUAACUUUAUUUUUAAUAAUAGUUGACAGUUUUUAUUUUGGAUACUUGACACUUGGAGAAAUAAUUAAUUUAGAUGUAGGAUUUAAAAAUAUUAUUGUAACACCAUUGAAUUUUUUGAGCAUCACAAAAAGACACUGGUUGGAGCUACCACGGAUCCAAAGUAUCGAAAGCCUGAUGACAGCUUGUUUCAUAUUACCAAUUGGACUUUUAUCACUAUUUCCUCACCAAGAGCCAAGAUUUAUCAUUCCAGUAAUUUUUCCUGUCGUAUUUCUCUACUCUCCAAUAAUUGAACGCAGCAAUAGAUUAUUAGUUUGUAAAAAUACCCGAGAAAUAGUGGGACUAGUACAAAAAAAUAUUGGAGUAAGAAGGCUUCAGUAUCUCUGGGGCAUAAGCAAUAUUUUACUGAUAAUUUUCUACGGAUUUCUCCACCAAGGAGGAGUGCUACCUCUUACUAGGCAUGUAGCAAGAGAACUUAAAGCCAAACCCGAGCUUACACACAUUCAUCUCUUUACUUCCUACACCUACUCACUGCCCACAGCUCUUUUGCAACUGAGAAACACAAAGAGGACUUACACGAGCUCGGAUCAGCAUCGCUACAAGCUUAAGCAAGAUUUCUUUCUCUACGAGCAAGGUAGCAAAGCAAUGAGCGACGUACUUGGUAUAAUUAAUUCCAAAAUUGUUGAAUGUGAAACUAAAUUGAAGAGUGAUAAAAUUCCUUACAGAGUUUAUUACGCAUUGCCUUUUAAUUCAUUAAGUAAUUUUAUUAAUGAGCACAAUCUCGCUGUUAAUGGUACAAAUAAUUUAACUUUUAGUACUGUUAGUAUUUUUUAUCCGCAUUUAACAACCGAAAAGUUACCUCUGUUAAAUUUCACAAGCAAUUUUGAGUGUUUUUUGGUUGAUAAAUUAGAAGUUUGUUUUGAAAAAUUUAUUUCGAAUUUAUUAAAUCGUUUUGUACAAUUUUUCAAAAAUUUUGGCCUAUUAGUCAUUCGGAUACAAUAUUCUAAAAAUAUUGAUAGUAUUUAG